CUGUUUCGAAGGAAAAAUCUAGAUCAGAAGUUUGGAAGACGAUGAUUGGUCUGGUAACACUUUCGCUAGCAUUAGCUACAGUCUGCGCUGCUCCCCAGCAAGGAUUCGGUUUCAAUAGGGACAAAAAUGCAGUAGCCCUGGUGCACGAGCGCUACCUCCACCCGGAUGGAUCCUAUACUUAUAAGUACGAAACCAGCAACGGAAUCAGCGCUUCCCAGAGUGGCAGUGCAAACGGUGUUUUCUCCAACGGAUACUACUCGUAUAAUGCACCAACAGGAGAGCGUAUACAACUCACCUAUAUUGCUGAUGAGUAUGGUUUCCACCCCCAGGGAACACAUCUUCCGGUUGAACCACCGGCGCCGGAUCAUGUCAUCAGGAGUCUGCAGGCGAUUCGAGCUGCAGCCACUCCGAAUUCCAACCUGGACAUUCGCACGCUGGAUGCGACAAUCGCCCGACUGAAAGCUAAUCGAGGCUGAUA